AUGUGCCCUGUGCCCUGUGCGCAUGCGCGAGCAGUUGAUCACUACGGUAAGUGUGAGUGGACAAAAAGCGGUGUGACGUCUCCAGAGCUGUGUCAGAGGGAGCAGCGUCUCCUGUCGGAGCUGUGUCAGAGGAAGCAGCGUCUGCAGUCAGAACUGUGUCAUAGGGAGCAGCGUCUGCAGUCAGAGCUGUGUCAGAGGGAGCAGCGUCUGCAGUCAGAACUGUGUCAGAGGGAGCAGCGUCUGCAGUCAGAGCUGUGUCAGAGGGAGCAGCGUCUGCAGUCAGAGCUGUGUCAGAGAGAGCAGCGUCUGCAGUCAGAACUGUGUCAGAGGGAGCAGCGUCUCCAGUCGGAGCUGUGUCAGAGGGAGCAGCGUCUGCAGUCAGAGCUGUGCCAGAAGGAGCAGCGUCUGCAGUCAGAGCUGUGUCAGAGACAGACACACGCACACACACAGAAUGAGCAUCUCACUGUGAACUGUGAGACUGUGCUGGAGGUUCUUUAUGCAGACUCUUAA